CAGGUUCCCUACAGCCCAUCCUAUUCCACAUAACACCAGGCUUUUAGGUUUCCUAUAGUUCAUUCUGUUCCACAUCAAUUCACUCCCUUCUUUCAGGUUCCCCACAGUCAAUUCUGUUCCACCUCAACCCACCCCACACCUACAUGUUCCCUACAGUCCAUUCUGUUUCACGUUAACCGCUCCCAUGCCUUUAGGUGCCCCACAUCGCCAUCUGCCUUCAUUCGAAUUCUUGCGUUGCAGCCCUGUCCCACCUUCCCCAUCCCAUACCCCUCAGCCUUCUACUGCUACAGCCCAUCCCAGUGACCUCACCGGCCAGCCCUGCACAGGCCACAGUUUCCCCCAGCAACUGGUGAUUUCCUUCCCAUGAUCCCAUCUCACGGCGAGCCCUGCCUGCACCUCUCAUUAGUUCCUACACGGCUCCUUCACAAUAACCAACAGACUGGCCCAACCCCCACCAUCGUGUCCCCAAUUUUGGACACUGCGACAUCCACCUUCCCCUUAUCCUAGUACACGCAGAGGCACAGGCUGAACGCUAUCAUUAUAUAUCAACUUUGUUUUAGAACAACCCCUUCCUAUGGCUUAAACUCCCGGCGUUCGAUGACAUCACACGUGACGCUCUUGCGUCCGACCAGAAAGCGGAAAUAGGCGUUGCUAUAGCAACGAGACGCUAAGCACUUGUUAGUAGUGCUGCUUCAUUAAGUGAGCGCGGUGUAAUCAAUCGCUAACUCUAGCACCUACCUCUCCCUGCUUCUACUGGAUGAAACUGUGAGGACAACACCAUGUCCCUGGCUGGGUCACUCGCAUUAACAGCAAGAAAAUCACAGUAUCAGGCUGAAAGUGUAAUAAAGAACAUAAUUCGGGAAAUUGCCCAAGAGUGUGCGGAGAAGGGUCAUACAGUGUCUGAAACAUUGGUGGCUUUUGUGGUUAAAGCUGUUGUUCUUGAUCCAAGAAAUGGAUUCAAUGUAGACAGAACCUUGACCAAAAAUGAUGUGCAGAAGCUCAUAAAGCUGUGCGUGGACAGACUGCUUGAUCCAAGAAGCCCUUCUAUUGAAACAAUCAAGAUGCAAGUAUACUUUGAUAUGAACUAUGCAAGCAGAGGUGAGUUUGUUGAAGAACAUCAUCGUGUCUUAGAAUCACGGCUUGCUCCAGUAUGCAGAGAAAUCACAGAUGCCCGGGCACGCACAGCAGAGGAACUAGAAAGCCUUUACCGCAAAAUUGUAAGCUAUGUGCUGCUUUGCUCAGGCCUUGGAUCUCCUACUGACAUUAAAGUUGUCAGGGAAGCCACAGCUGCUCUGCAGAGUGUGUUCCCCCACACAGAACUUGGUACAUUUCUGGCUCUUGUUAAGAAAGACAAGGAACGACAGCUAAGAGAGCUUACAAUGAUCGUCAGUGGCAUUCGUUUGUUCAACAAGGACUGUGGGAAAGGUGGAGAAGGCAUUGAUGACUUGCCAGCUAUCCUGAAGGAGGCUAUCCCUGUCACCACCAAACACAUUGAUUGUGAACUUCAAUCAUCUCGGGAGGCGAUCUAUCGUUAUACAGCUCUUAUUGAAGUCAUGGAUGGAAAUCCUGCGAAAAGCAACCUGCUUCAUUUAGAUCAGCUAAAAGAAGCUCUUUAUAGCUUAAGGCAACACGAGGCUUUCUUGAAUAUUAUUCUGUCAGAUGUUAUCUCUUCUGCACAACAAGUGGAACUCACAGAUAAACAAUAUGGAGCACAGAUGGAGCAAUUAAAAGCCACAGUUCAAUCAAAGACAGCAAUUCCCACAGUACAGGUCUAUCCUCUAUUUAUUUCACUUUCUAAACUGUGGAAUAACUUUCAAGAUGAGAUUGUUUUGCUAAGCGUCUUGAGCAAUAUGACUACAAAUCUGCAGCCUUUCCUGUCACUGCAUGAUGAGCUGUUUCCCGCUCAGGUCAUUGAGCCGCUCCUCAGUGAGACAGCUGUGAAAAGUGAUGAGGAAAGGAUUAAGGAAAGCACAGGAACUCGUGUAAAUCCCUCUGACUUUCCAACUCAAGAGUGGUUUUUCCCAGAAUACACAGCCAAUUUCGAAAGACUUCCAUUUCAGUACCACGGAUUUUGCGGUUUUACUGUAGCUACAAAAGAUGGACUUCUCAUUCCUGGAAACCCAGAUAUUGGAGUCUUAAAGCACAGGGAGCGAUUUUAUGUUUUCAAUUCCAAACAAGCGGCUACCACUUUUGCUCAGGAUCCAGAUCAUUACAUUGAUCUAAUUGGAGAGAAAGCCAAGCAAUGUGCUGAGCUCAUCCAAUUAUUAGAGUUGCAUCAGCAAUUUGCCUCCAUUACUCCUCAUUCCCAGGCUCAAGCUGAUGAAAAACUUUUCAUAAAACCAGUCACAAAAUGCAAUAGCAGCACGCAGACCGAUACUCACUUAGUGGAAACAAACAUUGUUAAAUCCUAUGAAUGGAACGAAUGGGAGCUGAGAAGGAAAGCCAUCAAACUGACAAACUUACGGCAGAAGGUUACGCACUCAGUGCAGACACACAACAGUCACAUGAGAAGAGAGAACUUCACCCAGGUGUAUCUUCCAAAACAAGUCGCUACGCAGACUAAAAAAGAUAAUUCAAGCAAUGUGCCGAGACCACAAAUCUUUCUUGCGGGGCUCCGUGGUGGAGGGGUGUCAAAACCUACAAAGAUGAUUAAAGUCAACUUAACAAGAUCUGUUGAUGAAUCUUAAAUUACAGAAUACUGUGAAAAGAUGAGAUAAUAAAAGUCUUUUUAUUUUACAUUUUAA